AUGGCAUCUAAUAUAGAACAUGGAAAGGCAAUGGAGGAGAUUAUGAGAGGCUAUCUAUUGUGGACUUGGAUGAAAGUUGCAACUUGCAAAACUACUACUUUUCCUACAAGAGGACCUUACAAAAGAAGAAACACUACACUGGAAAAGGUGACUGAAACUCUCAUAGAUGAUGAUGGUCAUCAAUGGAGAAAGUAUGGGCAAAAAAAGAUCAACAAUACUCAAUACUCAAGGAACUACUACAGGUGUACUCACAAGUAUGAUCAAGGAUGUCUAACAACAAAACAGGUGGAGAGAAUUCAACAAAAACCACCCUUGUAUAAAACCACCUAUUAUGGCCACCACACUUGUGGAAACUUGCCCAACCCUCACAUCAUACAUGACCCUAGUGUCGACACUAAUUCCUCCGUAUUGCUUAGCUUUAACAACACAUUCCCAGUUCCAACAAAACAAGACUGUCCCUUUUUAUCAUCAUCAUCUCCUUCCUCACAUGAUUUAGUGAAUAAAGAAAUACUUUUAGACGACAAUAAUAGCAUGCUCUUCACUGAUACAGCUUUUGAUAACUCUAACUUUACAAGUCAUGUUCCUAAUCUAUCAUCAAUACUUGAAACUGAUCACGAGAAUAUGAUAAAGUAUGGUUUCAUGUAUGAUUUUGGGGAUUUUGAUGAUGAUUUCUUUCUCCCUUUUGAUGGGUUUUGA